AGUUCUGGUGGUGGAGGGGAUGGGAAGGCGAGGUUGAGGGCGAGUUUGUUUUCGAGUAGGGAUGUGUUGGGGGAGAGGAGGGGAUGAGAUGGUUGCUUGUAUUGUUUGUGAUUUACACUUGGGAGUUGGGUAUGUGGUGGUUGAUGUACAGGCUGAGGGUAUGGAUUCAUUAUGUAUGUCGGUUGCAUAUGAAGCUUUGAUGAAUGAAGCUCAGAGACCAGCUCGAGCUCAGAAUCAAUAUGCUGGAUAGCAGCAUUGUCUGUUGGUCGAUGUCCGACAUGUCCAACCGCUGCUCGUGCCAUGUUGGCAUCCAUUGACUGGAGUUGGCUUGGGGAGCUGUCGUAGUAGGUAG